AUUUUCAACUCUUUCCUCUCAGAUCAGACCCAGUCAGCAAGAGUUGCUUUUACUCUGAUGGAGGGAAAGACAUAAAGCAAACAACUCAUUAAUCAGUCAGGAAAGACCUUCCCAAGUCACCUCCGUCUCCUUAGUUAGUACAGAAGAAGGAGAUUAAACUUUUCCAUCUACACAACUAACUUCUAAGUCUUCUAAAAGUUGUUAAAUUUUAAUGCAAAACAAACCUUCUAAUAUGCUGUUUACCUUAGGAGUUAUUUUCCUUCUAACCCCAUUUCCCUCUUUUCAAACGACGAUAAAUGAGAAAAGAGAUGCAGCAGGAAGCAAUGUGACCAAAGCCAAUGCUGUUUUCACCCUCUCAAAACCAAAAACCACUGCUGCCUCUUCCAAACAGAGUGUGCACCCCACCCUAAAGCCAAACACAGUCACUGUGACAAUUUUACCCACAGCAGCCUCCAACCAAAAAUCUACAACAACCAACCCUGCAACAACUGCCAAAAGCAAGCUUAGUGUUGCAGUAAUUCAAACCACUCCACCACCAGCAGCAAAGGUUCCUAAAGCCACUGGCACCAAAACUAACAGAGACAGACAUAAAGUAAGCCACACUGUUUCAGCUAAGCAGCUGUCACUUAGUGAAAAAAUAGCUAGCAAAGACAAACCUGGACCUGCUGGAGCUCCCAAGGACCAGUCAACAGUCACCAAGCUUUCCUUGGGCAGUACUUUGAAAAUCACCAAAAACAAACACUUGGAGAAUCAAACUACAUCAGAAAAAUUUCCUUCAUCCAGUGAGCAGAAAAAUGCCAAAGACAAGCCUAAUCAGAGUGCUCAAUAUAUACCUUCCCGUGGAAGUAAAACCACCAAGGACAAGGAUACACCCUCUGGUAACCAGACCGUUCUUGAUAUUCACCUCACAAACCGUGAUGAGAAGUCCAAAGCCAAGUCUACUCCAAAUGUUCCAUCUCUAGCUGCCAGUGUUAGUAAAACUACCCAGGACAAGACUACAGCCCCUGAUAACCAGACAAUUGCUGACAUGCAUCCCCACAAGAGUAAUGAGAAGUCCAAAGCCAAGUCUACUCCAAAUGUUCCAUCUUUAGCUACCAGUGUUAGUAAAACUACCCAGGACAAGACUACAGCCCCUGGUAACCAGACAAUUGCUGACAUGCAUCCCCACAAGAAUGAUGAGAAGUCCAAAGCCAAGUCUACUCCAAAUGUUCCAUCUUUAGUUGCUGGUGUUAGUAAAACUACCCAGGACAAGACUACAGCCCCUGGUAAGCAGACAAUUGCUGACAUGCAUCCCCACAAGAGUAAUGAGAAGUCCAAAGCCAAGUCUACUCCAAAUGUUCCAUCUUUAGUUUCCGGUGUUAGUAAAACUACCCAGGACAAGACUACAGCCCCUGGUAACCAGACAAUCGCUGACAUGCAUCCCCACAAGAGUAAUGAGAAGUCCAAAGACAAAUCUUCUCCAAACAAAGUUACAGUGUCAACUAAUCAGACCGUUCCUGAUACUUCCCUUCUUAGUAGUGAUGAAAAAUCUAAAGACAAGUCUGCUCCAACUACUCUGUCUUUACCUGUCAGUGGCACUAAAACUACCAAAGAAAAACAUAAAGCGUCUGAUAAUCAAACAGUUGUUGAUACCCACCUUCACAUCAAUGAUGAGACGAGGAAAGAUAAGCCUGGUCCAAAGAAAGGUCAAAGUGAAAGAGCUGGUGGUUCCGUGACAGAUAAAGAAACGGGCACCACUGCUAUUACUCAUACUCCUUUAAUCCGUGGCCCCUGCAAAGACAAUGUUACUCCUUCUCAGCCUAUUAAAGUGGUCAUCAGCAAUGAUGGUGAGUCAAGCCACACAAAGGAGCAGGAGCUGACAUUGAAGCCCGGUGCUCCACUGGUGAUGACACAUAAGAUCAAGCUGCUACCUGGUGGGUGUACCGGGGGAUGUGAAGCUGAGAUGGCUGCUCUGAAAGAACGACUGACGCAACUGGAAAGAGAGAUGUCAUCUCUAAAGGAUAAAUGUCCAUGUUCUGCAAAUUGCCCAAAUGACUGUAGUGGCAAUGGGAAAUGUGUAAAGGGGAAAUGUAUUUGCCAUAAAGGAUUUGUGGAUCUUGACUGUAGCAAGUGUGCAAAAGAAGCAGAGUGUUUUAAAGAAAAUGACAAGAAAAAGGGUUCUGAAGAGACCGACACUGCACCAAAAGUAAAAUCAAAUACCACCGAGGGAUUUGUGAAUCUAAAAGAAGACUCUCUACACAAGAAGUCUUCUGUGGAAUUUCCCCCCAAAAUUGGUCUCCCAACGACUGGCCAUUUUCCUUCAAACAAUGACAAAACAAAAUUAGAGGAGGCCCGCAGAGGAAGACCAGAGAUCACUAAGGUUUCUUCACCAAUUGAUCCAAAUGUCAGAAAGGAAGGAACUACUGGUAAACCAUCUUUUAAAGCUCCCCAUUUAAAAGAUGAUCCUCGAUCAAAUGUAACAAUAAGUAAUGAGAAGAAAACCAACAGCACACGUACAAGCAGGAAUGAUAAAAAGAAGUCUGUGGAGCAGUCGACACCAACGAACAAGAUAAAACCUGAAAAGAAAAAUGAGUCCUCCAAUGACAACAGAAAAACUUCAACAAUUCUAUCUCCCAAGGAAAACACCAAAGUUCUUGAGAACAAAACGGCAAUUGAUAACUCUGGGAUGAGCGCCAGAGGACCUGGAGGUUUAGGGUCCCUGAAGGCUGUGAAUAUAUCCUCCUCUAGCUUCACCAUCACAUGGUUAGCUCCACAACAUAUGUUCAAGAAUUUCACUGUGAUCCGAAGGGAGCCCCAUACAGACAGUGACAAGGAUGACAAUGGGGGACUUGGAGAGGAAACUGUUGAAAUAGAUUUGGUGUCUGGCACUAGGAACUUGACUGAAGUCCAAAGUGAGAGCACCAACUCAUCUGUCUCUUCUGGUAAAAGACUUGAAUCAAGAAGUAAAUCUGAAACCAAGAGGAUCUCAAAAGUAGUGCCUGGCAGUGCACGAUCCUUUCAAUUUAGUAAUCUCAAGGCAAACAAGCGUUAUGUCGUGCAUGUAUAUGGCACUACGGCAGAGAAAAGAUCCAAGAUUCACAGAGUUACAGCAAUCACAGGUCCUGAGCCACCCACGGAACUGGUUUUCAGUAAUGUAACAGAGUCCUCUUUGGCUGUUUCCUGGACCAGACCAAACACCAGAUUUACAGGUUUCAGAGUAACAUACAUCAACAUUGCAACAGGGAAGAGCCAGUUUGUGACUGUGGACCCUCAGCAGUCAAAUGUUGUUCUGUCCACCCUGUCUGCUGGGUCAUCCUACAUCAUCAGUGUUACCACAACCAAAGGAACUGCUCACAGUGAUGAGCUCACUUCAGUUAUCACUACAGUACCUGCCCCUCCAACACAUCUUCAAGUCAUCAACGUAACAGAUAGCAAAGCCAUGCUGCGAUGGACACCCAGCCUGGGGAAGGUAGACCGUUUCAUCGUCAGCUAUGAGUCCUCCAAAACUCCCAAUGUGACAGUAACAGUGAUGCUGUCAGGAAACUCAGUGCAGUACCAGCUGAAAGGCCUACAGAGAGGUACUUUGUAUAAGGUCAAAGUGCGAUCCCAGAAGAACAGCCUCCAGAGUAUGGGAAUCUCCACUACAUUUACUACGGCAAACGUGGUUAAGGCCAGCGAGGUAGGUGCUCGCUCCGCAGUGAUUGCUUGGAGAACGCCUGUUAUUUAUCACAGCUACAGAGUGAUCUAUCAGGCAGCAAAAGAGGAGGCAAAGGAAGUAAUCCUGGAGCCAGCCAUCACAGAGUAUAAACUGACUGGCCUGAUGCCUUCAUCAUCCUAUUUUGUGGUGGUACAAGGAGAGAAAAAUGGAAAGUAUACCUCACUUGUCACCUCACAAUUCUUCACCGGAAAAUUGCGUUUCCCUUUCCCUACUGAAUGCUCACAGGAAUUGUUGAAUGGUGCUCUGGAGUCAGGAGAAGUAAAUAUCUACCCUCAAGGAAAAGAGGGGCGAGCAGUGAGAGUCUACUGUGAUAUGGAGACAGAUGGAGGCGGAUGGACGGUUUUCCAGAGAAGGAUGAAUGGAAAAACAGAUUUCUACAGAACCUGGAGUGAAUACAAAGCUGGCUUUGGAAACCUGAGUGAAGAAUUCUGGCUGGGAAAUGAACUCCUGCACAACCUGACCAAUAUCGGCGCUGUGAGUUUGAGAGUGGAUUUGAGAUCUGGAAAUGACACGGCUUACGCUCGCUACACCAACUUCUCUGUCGCCUCAGAAGAGAGGAACUAUACUCUUACUGUAUCUGGAUACACAGGAACUGCAGGUGACUCAAUGAGGUACCAUAAUGGGCGUCCAUUCUCAACCCGGGACAAGGAACCAGACCCUAUGGGGAUCCACUGUGCCAAGGCUUAUGUUGGGGGCUGGUGGUACAAAAACUGCUAUAAAGUCAACCUCAAUGGCCUUUACGGCAUGAACAGAGACAAUCAGGGAAUAGUCUGGAUAGACUGGAAAGGCAAAGACUCCUCUAUUCCCUUCUCUGAGAUGAAGUUCAGACCCUCCCGUUUCUCCCCAGCAACUCAUGGCUAAGGAUACUUCAAGCUCCAAGACUUGUAUAUAUCUGCACCUGCAUGUCUUUCCUCCAAACUAAGCUCCAUGUAGGGAAUUCUUAAGAUACUUCUGGAGCUCUCAGUGUAUUUGGUUCAGUGUGAAAGUUUUUUUUUUUCUGAGCUGUUCUUAUGGAAAAUAAAACAACAAAGUGGAUGAAUGAUUCACUGUAUCUUUUGUAUGCAGAUCAAACCUUUUGCUCAGAUGAGCAUUUAUUAGAGUUGAAUCUCUUUAACUCUAACAAAUGUAUGUGCACCACACACAAUAAUCCCACUACUAUUGUAUUAUUAUGCACUGUCGAUUGGAAUAAAUGUUGCUAAAGUGGG